GACCAGUGUGGCGGGGGUUCCGGGGGCGGCACUGAGGCCGGCCCGCGGGGGUCUCAGCGAUGUUUUACUCAGGGCUCCUCACCGAGGGCGGCCGCAAGGAGACCGACAUGCGGGAGGCGGCGUCGCUGCGGCAGCAGCGCCGGAUGAAGCAGGCCGUGCAGUUCAUCCACAAGGACUCGGCUGACCUUCUGCCCCUGGACGGCCUCAAGAAGCUGGGCUCGUCCAAGGACACGCAACCACAUAACAUUCUGCAGAGGCGCCUCAUGGAAACCAACCUGUCCAAGCUCCGAAGCAGUCGUGUCCCUUGGACCUCCAAGACCAACAAACUCAAUCAGGCCAAGUCUGAGGGACUGAAGAGGUCUGAGGAUGAUGACAUGAUUUUGGUUUCUUGCCAGUGUGCUGGAAAGGAUGUGAAAGCCCUGAUUGACACAGGCUGUCAGUAUAAUCUCAUCUCUUCAGCCUGUGUGUAUAGACUGGGACUCAAGGAGCAUGUCAGAUCUCACAAGCAUGAAGGAGAGAAGCUUGCUCUACCCCGGCAUCUGAAAGUAGUGGGCCAGAUUGAGCACCUCGUGAUCACACUGGGCUCUCUCCGCCUGGACUGCCCAGCAGCUGUGGUUGAGGACAAUGAGAAAAACUUGUCCCUUGGUCUGCAGACUCUCCGGUCCCUGAAGUGCAUCAUAAACUUGGAUAAACACCAGCUGAUCAUGGGGAAAACAGACAAAGAAGAAAUUCCUUUUGUGGAGACAGUGUCCUUGAGUGAAGACAACACUUCAGAAGCAUAACCGCAGCCUGCAGUGUGUCUGCACAGGUGCACACACCAAGUGGACAGAUGGAGAAACCGGGGUUUGAACCAAAUGCAGUAGCAACUUGCUGUGGACCAAGUCCUUUUCUCUAAUAGAAGCCACAGGGGCUCUUUCCCACCCAGACCUCUCUAGACUUUAGUCUGUGCUUAGAGAUCUUGUCUGGUUAUAGCCAUUGUUUUCUACUCCUUUGACCACUUAAUAUAGACCUUUUGACACUGCCAGGUCUCACUUGUGGCCUCUUUCUCUGCUUCUUCCAGGAACUUGCUUUUAUUAGUCAAAUAUAGGGGCUGCCAGGUUCUAUUUCCCCAUAAGUACACUUGCUACUUCUCCUAUAGCUAAAAUGUAUAAUAAACAGGACCCUGACCUUUAUCUCCUUUCAGCUGUUUCAGACAGGUGCAGGAUAUGUCUCAGAAUGAACAUCUCUUCUAAUUCAUUCAUUGGUUUCUCAAGUAUGAAUAGAUCUGAGAUCAGAAAGAGCCCAGGGAGAUCAAUUUAAAGGUCCAGAGAGGCGACUGAAUUGUCUAAACUCAAACACAGAGUCAGCAGCAGAAGGGACCUAGAACUUUUUCCUGAAAAGCCAAGGCUGUGUUCGUUUGUUCUCCCAUGCUGCUUUGUUUACCUUUAGGACUUGAGAGGAAGGUAAAGAGAUGGGGGUUUGUAGAAAGGCAGGGUAGGGGAGGAAUGUGCUUUGGGGAUGGAAGCAAGGAGGACUAGGUGUCCCUCCCCUCUGUGAGCUAAGUCCGCUGAAAUUCCCCUGCCCUGAAUUGUCACAUUCAAGCCCUUGUCUUAGUACCUAAAAGCUGAAGGUACAAAGAUCAAUGAGAUGGUCUUUCACCUGGAAUUUCUUGAAGGAAAGGAGGGGAAGGAACCACAGACAGAAGAACGUUAAUUACUCUCUGAGAUGGAAUUGAAGGCUUCAGUAAAUACCGGUAAUCUGGGUAUCAUUGUUAGACAUUAAUACUCCCGGGAUGCAGUCGCUCUCUCUGCCCAGCCUGUUGUUUGUCUGGCCUGGACUCGAGUAGCUGCAAACAGGAGUAGGUAAACAAGGUGAAAAAACCUGGAACAGGCCCAGAAUGGAAGGGAGGAGUAGACAGAAUCAGUUGGUGGGAAGGCCUACACAGGGAAAUUUUUCUGGGAAGGAAACUUCCAGGCUGGAAAUUGAGGGUUUGAACACUCUUUAGCUCUGUCCUGGUAUGAGGGAAGUGGGAAGAGGAAGUGCCAGCAGGAGCUGGCAGUGUUAAUAAGGAAAACUUUUACUGACUGCCCAAUAUUUCCUGACCCCUCUCGAAGAACUGAAGAUUACAGGGACUUCUUGAAGCUUUUCGUUGGGGGCAUCAGCUUGGGCACACAGAUACCUAUAAUGGCAUUUCUUCUUCAAUUUGGUCAUAGAAGUGCCUGGAGAAGUCAGGAAAAUAGCCAGUUGUGGGUAUCCUUUUAGGAGAUUCCCAAGUCUACCCUUGAUUCAUAGCAUGAGUUCCCAGAGUGUUUAAUAGAUCCCACUUUGAACUUUGACAGGUCCCACCAACAGUCCUGCCUAACAUUCAGCUGCUGCUCCUACCAAACAACUCUUUGGGACUUGGGAUGUUUUUAGCCUUGCAGGAGCUCCCUCAAGACUAGAAGGAGACUUGGUGACCUCCAUUGAACAGCUGCAACCAGUUAUCCCGGGGUCAUCUGCAGACCCCGUUCUUAUCAGCUCCUAUAGAGGAAGUAAGAUGGAAAAUUAAGCAUAGCCGCAGUAGAGAUGGUCACCUUUGAAGCUUUAGCAGGGAUGCUUCCAGGCUCCCAGCCUCCAUUGCCCCCUUCGCUUCCACUCCAUUUUCUUACCUAGCGGGGCUUGUGCCUUCCCACUGAGGCCUCUCUACUCUCCUCCCGUCAUGACAGCACUUUGGUCUGCUUCUUAUCCGAGGACUGAGAUGAAAUACUUCACCCCUUCCCUAGUUGAAGUUCCACUCUGAGCCUUGGUUCCUGGCUGCAAGUGAGGCUUGUAGGAAAUUCCUGGGCCUGGUGUAUCUUUAUAUAGAUUCCCUGUAGACCAGUGAGACCAGGAAUUCUCAGGUACUAGAAUGAUUCUGUGCCCUUUGAGUUCAGGAUUAUAUGGCAUCAAGGGGAAGGUAGAUGACCUUUAGUGAUCUUUCUGGCCUCUGAGAAUUAGUGAUUUUUCCAAUUUUGGAAUAGAAACAAGUGGGGCAAUUUGAGCUUAAAGCAUCAUAAUCUCAAUGUAGUCAAAUCAUUUGAAUUUACUAACCAAAUUAUAUUUUAAACCUCAGGCUUCAUAGAGGUACCUUAAAAUGUCCAAAGACAAUUAUGGGAAAUUUUGAGCUUCAUUAAUCUUUAAAUGCUGCCAAGUUGAUUACUUUGGUAGCCCAUAUCUCCUUGAUAUUCAUUAGGGAGCACUUGGGUGUAUUUCGGGGGUGGGUGCUGGCAAGGUAAGCAGGUGAGGUCGGUUCUUCCCAGAAUCCUAGAAAAUUCUCUCUGGUACCUAGGUCACAGUUCUGAAGACAGGAAGCAGCAGGAAGUAGCUCUUAGAACUGGUACCCCUCACCUUCCUUGCUAGAUGUCCAUCUCAAACGCAGAAAGUUUGGAAGACUGUUUUUGUCAUUUGGUAUUUCUCUGCCUGACUUGUUUGAGGAACAAAUGUUUUCUGACCUUUCUAUUUCCCUGCCCUGCACAGAUCCCAUCUGGUACAAUUCUCUGUUCUUUAGCUCAAAGUGUCUAUAGAAUGACUGCUUAGUGCGUCAGCUCUCCUCACUCUUGUGCAAUAGCAAUAUCUUUUCAGGUCGGGGACAUGGAGGAGAUGAACUGCAUUACUUCCUCCCUCUGUUGCCAGGCCUCUGCAUUAGCACUUUAUCUGCUCAGUGUUUCUGGCUGUGUUGGGUUUAUUUGUGAGAUUGAUGUAACAAUAAAG